AUGGGAGUGCACAAACUCCUCUCUCUAGGAUACAUCUUCUUGGCCCUGGUGUUCACUCAGCAGGCCCGGGCUCAGUUCCCAAGGGAGUGCGCCACCACGGAGGCUCUGAGGAGUGGGGUGUGCUGCCCAGACCUGGCCCCCGGGCCCGGGCCCGGGACUGACCCCUGCGGCUCCUCCUCAGGGAGGGGCAGGUGUGAGGCCGUGACUGCAGACUCCCGGCCCCACAGCCCCCAGUACCCGCACGAUGGCCGAGACGACCGGGAGGGCUGGCCCACACGGUUCUUCAACAGGACGUGCCGCUGCAAUGGCAACUUCUGGGGGCACAACUGUGGGACUUGCCGCCAUGGAUGGAGAGGAACCGCCUGUGACCAGAGGGUUCUCACAGUCAGGAGAAACCUCCUGGAUUUAAGCACAGAAGAGAAGAACUACUAUGUCCGGGCCCUGGAUAUGGCGAAGCGCACCACUCACCCCCUGUUUGUCAUUGCCACCAGGAGGACAGAAGAGAUCCUGGGGCCAGAUGGCAACACACCACAGUUCGAGAACAUUUCCAUUUACAACUACUUUGUGUGGACACACUAUUACUCAGUCAAAAAGACUUUCCUUGGGCCAGGCCAGGAAAGCUUCGGCGAAGUGGACUUCUCCCAUGAGGGGCCAGCCUUCCUCACGUGGCACAGGUACCACCUGCUGCAGCUGGAGAGAGACAUGCAGGAAAUGUUGCAGAAUCCUUCCUUCUCCCUUCCUUACUGGAAUUUUGCGACUGGGAGGAACGUCUGUGACAUAUGCACCGAUGACAUGAUGGGCUCCAGAAGCAACUUUGAUCCCAACCUUAUAAGCCCGAACUCUGUCUUUUCUCAAUGGCGAGUGGUGUGUGAAUCCCUGGAAGAUUAUGAUACCCUAGGAACCCUGUGUAACAGCACUGAGGGGGCACCAAUUAGGAGGAAUCCAGCUGGAAACGUGGCUAGACCAAUGGUGCAGAGGCUUCCUGAACCACAGGAUGUGGCUCAGUGCUUAGAAGUUGGAUUAUUUGACACACCUCCUUUCUAUUCCAACUCUACAAACAGUUUUCGAAACACAGUGGAAGGUUACAGUGAUCCCACGGGAAGGUACGAUCCUGCUGUUCGAAGCCUUCACAAUUUGGCUCAUCUAUUCCUGAAUGGAACAGGGGGACAAACCCAUUUAUCUCCAAAUGAUCCUAUUUUUGUCCUCCUGCAUACUUUCACUGACGCAAUCUUUGAUGAAUGGCUGAGGAGAUAUAAUGCUGACAUAUCCACAUUUCCAUUGGAGAAUGCCCCUAUUGGACAUAAUAGACAAUACAAUAUGGUGCCAUUCUGGCCUCCAAUUACCAACACUGAAAUGUUUGUUACUGCUCCAGACAACCUGGGAUACACCUAUGAAGUUCAAUGGCCUGGUCAGAGUUUUCAAAUUUCUGAGAUUAUUACCAUAGCAGUGGUUGCUGCUUUAUUGCUGGUUGCAGUCAUUUUUGUGGGCGCUUCUUGUCUGAUCCGUGCCAGAAACAAAAUGGAUGAAGCCAGUCAGCCUCUCCUCACUGACCAGUAUCGACACUAUGCUGAAGAAUAUGAAAAAAUCCCGAAUCCUAAUCAAUCCAUGGUCUAA